AUGGACACAUGUACAACUUUGUACAAGUACACCAGCAUCGAAGACGUUGAUUCACGGCGGAUACCAGUCGACGCUGGAGCCCCCUUUGACAGAGGGGAUAUCAUAUUACGCAGUGCGGACAAUGUUGAUUUCCACUUUCACAAGCUAUUGCUGUCCCUAGCAUCAUCUUUCUUUUCAAACAUGUUCUCUUUACCUCAGCCUGACUCUCUCGAUGAUGCUGCGGACCGGACAAAAGACGGUCUCCCCAUCAUACCAGUAACAGAGAAUAGCGUCAUUUUGCAGAAGCUGUUGAGCUUUUGUUCUCCUGUCUACGACACAGACGUGCCCGCUCUCGAGAACUUGGACAUCGUCAUGUCUGUCCUCGAUGCCGCCGAUAAAUACGACAUGAAACGAGUCGGUAUAUUCAUCGUUAGAAUGAUAACGGCUCCUAGGUUUCUAGAGAAAGAACCUAUGCGGGUCUUUGCUAUCGCAUGUCGCUACCGCUCGGAAGCAGAGACUCUUGUGGCGGCGAGAUAUAUGCUGCGUUUUGCAGUGUGGGAGCCUGCAUAUGUGUCUGAAUUGGACUUCAUCUCUGGUUCAGACUUCCAGCGGUUGGUCAAGUACCACACAAAUUGCGGUCAAGCUAUGACCCAGCUUACCCGUCUUUGGUCUACGUAUCCCCUACCGCUACUCGACUGCAAGUUCUGUCGCAAGAAGGGGGUUUCUCGCUUGUCCCUCAAAGAAUAUCAAGAUAGUGUCAUAGAAACACUCCGCAUUCGACCAUCUGUGGAAAGCCUUCUCAAUCCCGAGUGGAUUGACAGUAUGGUUAGGAGGGCUGGAAGUUGUAUUGGUUGUAAAGAGAGAGCGCCGAGGGCGCUUGCUGAAUAUGCAAAGGAGCUUGCCUUCCCGGUAAUGGCGAUUAUCCUGGAGAUUCCCCUGGACAUCGAUUUUCGCUGA